AUGCAGGGGAUGGGGAACCUGCGGCUGGGCAGCCGCGCUGUGAUGUACACGGCCGAGACCCUGCCCAAGGGCAAGAACCGGGUGAUGGGGACCAUCCAGAUCAUGACGGGUUUCAUGCACAUCGGCUUCGGGAUCGUCCUCACCACUCUCACCAACGUCUACACCUCCGUCUUCGUCAUCGGCGAGCUCCCCUUCCUCGGCGGCGUGUCCUUUAUCAUCUCAGGCUGUGUCUCCAUCGGGGCAGAGAAGAGCCCCACAGAAUGUGCUGUGAAGGGCAGCCAGACCAUGAACGUCAUCAGCGCCAUCUUCGCUCUGCUGGGCAUCGGCGCCUUCAUCGUAGACCUCAACCUCAACGGGCUCUACCGCUCCAGCCUCAACUACUACAACAACUACCUGAUCCUGCUGGCAGGGAACGGGAUUUCCAUCGUGCUGCUCAUCUUCACCGUCCUGGAGUUCUGCAUCGCCGUGGCCACGGCCAACUUCUGGUGCCGAGCCACCCGCCUCAGCUCCAACGAGGCCAUGCUGAUCGUGCCCAGUGCCACGCGGGUGGACCUGGCAGUGCCACCGGCUGAGCUGCCCGAGCCCCACAGCUACACCGAGCUGGCUGCCCCUGAAGUCUAGUGAGGUGCUGACCCCCAGGACAUCAAUGCAGGCUCCUGCCUCCACCAUCCUCAAACCAUCCCCAGCCAGUUCCCCGUGCCCAGGGCCAUGGCAUCCUCCUCCUCAGGCUGGGACACGCUGGUACCCGCUCCCAAAACCCAGUGAGCAGCCCAAAUUUGCCCCCUCCCUGCCUGCCUCCUGCCCCCCUCCCCUGUGCUGGGUCUCA